AUGAAACCGCUUGAGACACACCCGCUCACCGCCGGCGGGUCCGCGAUGCCGGAGUUCCGCGACUGGGGCGGUCUGCCCGAGCUGCCCCUCUCGGAGUUGCUGCGCCGCCUCCUCCCCUGCCUCCGCUCGAUCUACGCCUUCGCGGCCACCUGCCAGCCCUGGCGCCGCCUGCUCCGCGCCUCCGCCGCCGAUCUCCUCAGCCCCGGCCUGCCCCCGCUCCUCCUCGAUCCCAGAUCCCGCAGCGUCGUCCCCUUCUCCCAGGCCGUCCUCGCGCAGCCGCUCGCGUACCGCGCCGACCUCACCGCCGCGGAGGGCGCGAACCUUCUGUCUGCCUCUCGCGGCCACCAUCUCCUCCGCCACCGAGGCGCAUCCGAUUGGGAAACUCGCAUCAUCAUCAUCGACGCUCUCACCGGCGCCGAACGCCGCGAGGUCACGCUCCCGUCCCCUCUCUUCGCGUACCAUUACGCCGCCCUCACGGCGUCCCACCUCCUCGUCUUCCACUCCAAGCACGCCUUCUUCUCCCUCCCCUUCCCCGACCCAAACCCCAACCCCAACGCCAGCGCCUCCGGUCCCAGGUGGACCAAGCACAGCCUCCCCCGUUCCGCCUCCUACGUCACGGGCGUCCUCGAAUUCCGCGGCCGCGUCCUCGGUUUGACCGAUCGCGCGCAGCUGCUGGAGUUCCGCCUCUGCGGCAGCCCCCAGAGCCAGACCGUCCAAAUGCUGCCCGCCGCCGGCCUCCCGGACGCCACCGCCUUCAAUCAGUGGUGCUUUGGGCCCCGUCUGGCCGCCGCCGGGGACCGGCUGCUGCUGGUGCUCUUCAUGCUGGAGCCGAAAUCAGGCUCCAUCGUGCAGACGAGGUUGGUGAACAAGGUGGCCGUGUACGGGCUUGACUUGGCGCGCAUGAGGUGGGAGGAAAUGGAGAGCAUCGGGGCGUACAGCUUGUUCGUGGACUGCACUGGGAAGACCGCUGUUGCGUGCCGAGAUGUGGGGAGCUGUGGCGUGGAGGAGAACCGAAUUUAUGUUGCGUUUCCUGGGCGCCGCUGGCGAUCAUUCCCUCCAGGGUGGGAGGUGCCUCCCGGGGACGCUGUGUUUGGCGUCAGAGCAAUGGGAAGAGCGAUGGGUACAUGUACAUGGCCAUCGCAGAUAUUGGUUUACCCACGGCUCUUCUUUUGA